UGCCUGGCAGAGGUGGGAGCUCUUGCAGUCGUAGGGGAAUAGGUUUCCUGUUCCGGUUCUUGGGCUCUGGUUAGUCACGUGGAAGUGCGAUCACCUAGACAGUUUGCGCUUUCCGUUCACCAAAGCAUCUUCCCUUUGGUGAUACAGGUGCAGAUUUCGGCCGGUGACUCUGCCAUGCCGAACUUGCGGCCCAGGCCCCGCCGAGGCGCCGGACGGGGCGCCAGGGCAGCCGGGCGGGACGAGCUGGUGUCGCGGUCCUUGCAGAGCGCAGAGCACUGCCUGGGCGCCCAGGACUUCGGCACCGCCUAUGCCCACUACCUCCUCGUGCUCAGCCUGGCGCCGGAGCUGAAAGACGAUGUGAAGGAAACUUUUCAGUAUACGCUCUUCAGAUGGGCUGAAGAACUUGAUGCACUCAGUCGAACACAAGACCUACUUGGUUGCUAUGAGCAAGCCUUGGAACUGUUUCCUGAUGAUGAAGUGAUUUGCAAUAGUAUGGGGGAGCAUCUCUUCAGAAUGGGCUUCAGAGAUGAAGCAGCCGGGUAUUUUCGUAAAGCAGUGAAGCUAAACCCGGAUUUCAGUGAUGCAAAGGAGAAUUUUUAUCGUGUUGCAAACUGGUUGGUGGAGCGCUGGCACUUUCUCAUGCUUAAUGACACCAGGAGGAAUAUGAUUUAUAACGCAGCGAUCCAAAAGGCAGUUCGUUUGGGCUCCGGAAGCGUUUUGGACAUUGGAGCAGGAACUGGAAUACUAAGCAUGUUUGCUAAAAAAGCUGGAGCGCACUUGGUGUAUGCCUGUGAGUUAUCCAAGACCAUGUAUGAACUUGCCUGUGAUGUAGUGGCAGCAAACGAGAUGGAAGCAGGGAUCAAACUCUUACAUAUGAAGUCGCUUGACAUAGAAAUUCCAAAACACAUUCCUGAAAGAGUGUCCCUUGUUGUAACAGAAACUGUCGAUGCAGGUUUAUUUGGAGAAGGAAUUGUGGAGAGUUUGAUUCAUGCAUGGGAACAUUUACUUUUGCAGCCAAAGACCAAAGGUGAAAAUGGUAAUUGUGAAAAAUAUGGGAAAGUUAUACCGGCAAGUGCUGUUAUAUUUGGGAUGGCAGUAGAAUGUGCAGAGAUAAGAAGACAUCAUAGGGUGGGUAUUAAGGACAUUGCUGGGAUCUGUUUGCCAACCAGUGUGAAAUUUCAGAGUCCAGCGUAUUCUUCUGUAGAUGCUGAAGAAACAAUUGAACCUUAUACAACUGAAAAGAUGAGUCGAGUUCCUGGAGGAUAUUUGGCUUUGACAGAGUGCUUUGAAAUUAUGACAGUAGAUUUCAACAAUCUUCAGGAAUUAAAAAGUCUUGCAACUAAAAAACCUGAUAAAAUUGGUAUCCCUGUUAUUAAAGAAGGCAUACUCGAUGCUAUUGUGGUUUGGUUUGUACUCCAGCUUGAUGAUGAACACAGUUUAUCCACAAGUCCUAGUGAGGAAACAUGCUGGGAACAGGCUGUCUACCCUGUACAUGACCUUGCAGACUACUGGAUAAAGCCUGGGGACCAGGUGAUGAUGGAAGUGUCUUGUCAAGAUUGUUACCUAAGAAUCCAGAGUAUCAGUGUCUUCAAUUCGGAGCAUGAAAUGGAUGUUGGGAAAAGUUUUACCAAGAAUAAAGACUUGCUGCCUUUAGGAAAUGAGGCUGAGCUCUGUAGUGCCCUGGCCAAUCUUCAGACCAGUAAACCAGAUGCUGUGGAGCAGACUUGUGUUUUGGAAUCCACAGAAAUUGCUUUGCUUAAUAACAUCCCAUACCAUGAAGGCUUUAAAAUGGCAAUGAAGAAAGUGUUGUCUUCACUGACUCUGGAGAAACGGGGUCAGGCCAUGGAUACCCAGUGUCAGAGUAAUGAGAUGAGCUGUGAAAGUGGACAGAAUAAUUCUGAACAGAGCGUCCCUGAACCUUUGUAUGUGUUAGAUGUGUCUGAGGGCUUCUCUAUUCUGCCUAUAAUUGCUGGCACACUCGGGCAGGUUAAACCUUACAGUUCUGUGGAGAAAGACCAGCAUCGUAUGACUCUGGACCUCAUAUCUGAAGCCAAUCACUUUCCUAAAGAAACACUUGAGUUUUGGUUGAGACAUGUGGAAGAUGAAUCCGCUGUGUUGCAAAGGCCAAAAUCAGACAAGUUGUGGAGUAUAAUUAUACUGGAUGUCAUUGAGCCAUCUGGGCUCCUUCAGCAGGAAAUAAUGGAAAAAGCGGCAAUAUCCAGGUGUUUGCUACAGUCUGGAGGUAAGAUCUUUCCCCAGUACAUGCUGAUGUUUGGGUUGCUCGUGGAAUCGCAGACACUGGUGGAGGAGAACGCUGUGCAGGGAACAGAACGAACUCUUGGAUUUAAUAUCGCACCUUUUAUUAACCAGUUUCGGGUACCUAUACGUGUAUUUUUGGACCUAUCCUCGCUGCCCUGUAUACCUUUAAGCAAACCAGUGGAACUCUUAAGACUAGACUUAAUGACGCCAUAUUUGAACACCUCUAACAGAGAAGUAAAGGUAUGCAUAUGUAAAUCUGGACAAGUGACUGCCAUUCCCUUUUGGUAUCAUAUGUACCUUGACGAUGAGAUUAGGUUGGAUACUUCCAGUGAAUCCUCCCACUGGAAACAAGCUGCAGUUGUUUUAGAUAAUCCCAUCCAGGUGGAAAUGGGAGACGAACUUGUACUCAACGUCCAGCACCACAAAAGCAACGUCAGCAUCACAGUAAAGCAAUGAAGAGCAGUUUUCUAAUGAAAAAAGGUGGAAGUAGAGCAGCAAGUACACAGUUCUAGUCUGAAUUAGUAGUGGGAUUGUAAUCAUAAAAUGGAGGUACAAAGAUUUAAGUCCUUGUAAUGGUCAAAUAUUUUUUAAAAACUGACAUUAAUAAAGUAUUUAAAAGAUCCUAAAUUAAAGAGUAGCAUGAUUACAAAAAUAUUGCUGCAGACUUCCUUACUGGAAAAGGCUGUCAUUAAUUUUUCAAAUUAGGAAACUUUUUAUUGCUUGGUUUUACUUACUAUAGAUUAAAUUUUGCCAAACCUGUUAGUUUGUACUCUAGAGCUAUAAAUAUAAGGAAUUUUGAGGCUCAUUUUCAGUUUUUUCACAUCUUGGCUAUUUUUCUCAAAUCCAAACUUAUAGUGGGGAUACCUCAAAAAGUUGGCUUCCACUUUAGAUUGAGGGUUUAUGGUUAUCUGUAAAUUCCAAGCUUGCUCAGUUUUUGUGUUUUGGGUAUGCAAACCUGAGUAAGAAUUUAAGCUCUAGACUAAAUGUAAUUAAAAGAGUAAAAGAGGGACAAAAUAAAAUCUUAGGAGGCAGUAUUUUUCGUGGUCUACGUUUGGCGAAGAAAAAAUUUUAAGCUGAUAAGUUCAAGGAAGAGUUAAACCUAAACCAGUUAUUUUUCAAAGUUUUGAUUUGAAUACACAGAAAGAAAAAAAUAAUUAGUCCAGAUUUUAAAGACUUGAAAUAGGAAGAUUAAUAAGGAAGAAGAUUAUCAUGCCUUGUAUAUACUGUGUGCUCUCUGUAGGUUAGCCACACAGAAAAUAAGAGUACCUUCUCUUCACACUGCCUGUUCUCCUUGCCUCUUAUACUACCCAACUUUAUUUUCAAUAGAAAUGUUUAGUUUAUAAUAAUGGACAGAAUAAAAACUUUGUAUCUAA